AUGACGUCACACGAACGCCUGGAGUCCACUGCCGGUCACCGCUCACGAACGACUGAAUGGAUUAAUGUGCUUUCCAUACUUGGCAUCAGGCUAAGGAGUAAUAUAUAUGGGAAUGGCGGUGCAAAGGCGGACGAUUUCAGGAUCGGAUUAAGGAAAAGUGUGCUGGUGGGUGUAAGGUGGAUGAACACAGGAGGCCACACUCAAGAGAUGAGGUUGAGGGAGAGCAAAGACGGGAAGUACCAGGCGCUACUGGACGGGCGUCUCCUGGUACACGAGGUGAAGGCAGCCGACUCGUACGCCACCUAUCGCUGUCGGGUCCUCCACACCCUCACCUCCACCACCGCUGCCUCCAACACAGCCAGAAUCAUCGUCCACGACCCCCGAGAGCGUCAGGCGCCAAGGAUGGUCACCAAGUCUGCCACAGUGAAGCUCUCUGACUCCAAGCCCCUGGUGCUCCCCUGUGUCGCCAACGCCCACCCGCCCCCAAAGUACAGGUGGUGGCAGGAGCGAGGCGGCGAGAAGAUCCCCAUCAUCACCAGCUCUACGGGCGUGGUGGGCAGCGGGAGGACCAGCGAGAUGGGCGGCACGAGGACCUGGGGGAAUGGGGGCGUGAUGCUUCUUGACCCCAACACCCACGCCAGUUCCGACGACACUACCAAGCUGGUGUGUGAAGCGUCGAAUGAGGCCGGGAGAGCAACCAUGGAGAUCCGGGUGGAGCGGGCGGUACCAGUGAUAGCCCACUUGACGCCGCGGGUGGUAGUGGUGGACGCGGGCGGUGUGGGUGUACUUAGGUGCCAAGUUCCAGGGCCACAUCCUCACUCCAUCAGCUGGUAUAAAGAUGGUCAUGUUAUUACCCCAGCUGGCAGGAUCGGAAUUACAGAGGGUGGAUCGGUGUUAGAGGUGAGGGGCGUGGGGCGGGCGGACGCUGGCAUGUAUCAGUGUUUCGUCAGGGGUGAUGAAGACACCAUCCAGGACGCGGCGGAGCUCAGGCUGGGAGGGCGUCUCCCCAAGGAACCUCUCUAG